AUGGAAUCCUCCCUAGCUCUACAGGGGAACACCACCUUGCCUUCCGCCUGCCGACGCCCUUCCUGUAGGGUCUCAUCCACCUUGGAUUGCUUCCAUCUUCCAUCAUCCACUUUCCCUGUAAUCACUUCCAGUUUUCACAGGGAUUGUUUUUUUUUUGUGUUGAUGCUUUGCAAUCAUCGUGAAAGAGGGUUGACUUCUUCCGUACCAGCACCCAAUUGUUCACUCAGUCUUCAACAUGGGCAUAAUUUUUUAGCUUGGUUUACGCCCAAUGGAGGUUGGGACCCUGGCCACGCUCUGCAUUUAACUUCCCUUUAUGGUGGCCCAUUGGAGUUACUAUUUGUUGUUGAUAACAUUGAAGAUCCAACUUAUCAUGCAGUAUCUGGAUUACUCCUAGAAUUUAAGGAUGAUGUUGAUGCUAGGAUAAUCAUAGUUGGUCCAUCCAUAACACCGCCUCUAUCACCGUCGUUCUUCACCCCUUUUGAUUUUCUCUUCUUUUCUUCUUCUAUUUCGGAGUUCAUUCUUUUCAUGGCCAGCAAUAUCAAUCCCAUCGAGUAUCUUUAUGAAUAUGUGAACAUAAAAUCUUGUGUUCCAAUUCGAAUUGACCUCGACAAGCUUAACUAUGAUGCACAAUGUGAGUUAUUUACUACUCAUUGCAUUGGCUAUGGUGUUCAUGACCAUCUCCUCUUCUUUUCUUCUUCUAUUUAUGUGCUCGCUCUCUUCAUGGCCAGCAAUACCAACCCAAUCGAAAAACCUUAUGAAUUUGUGAACAUAAAAUCUAGUUUUCUGAUUCGUCUUGACCUCGACAAGCUUAACUAUGAUGCAUGGCAUGAGUUAUUUGCUACUCAAUGCAUCGGCUAUGGUGUUUAA